AUGCUAGGUUUAGUGGUUGAUUUUAGCCAGUUCGAAAACCGUUUGGUUAAAAUUGGCCACACUGACAAACGCAUUGCUGAGCUAACCCGUUCGUUGGAUGGAAUCCUUGAAGAAAACAGACUCAGCGCGAAGGAAGCGGAAAGGCUACGAGGCCGCAUGAAUUUCUUUGAAGGCCAUGCUUUUGGGAGAGGGCCGACCCAGGCGGUCAGGAAUCUGGAUCGCCAGGCCCGGGCCGGUCUCUUGAAGCAAGGUUUGACAGGAGAUGCCAAGACAUCUCUGGGUGUCCUUCGCAGCCGCCUGUUGUCGGCUCGGCCUCUUGAGAUUAGCCCAAAGUUCAGCAAGACUUGGUAUCUCUUUACGGAUGGAGCUUUUGAGAAUGGAAAAGGCAGUGUCGGAGCAAUCUUCUACGACCAGUCAGGCGUUGCUCGAGGUGCCUUCGGUUCUCGCGCUCCCGAUGCCUUCAUGCAUCGUGCACUUGAGUACUCUCGCAACCCUAUUUAUGAGCUAGAGCUUAUGCCGGUUCUGUUAGCUUUUUAG